AUCGCUAACUGCAACACGUGCGCCGCGUUAGAUUUGUUUUCUCCUCAAAAUGACCAAAAAACUAGCACUGAAGCGCAAGGGAAAGGAAUCAGAGCCCACAAAUGAAGUGGCCGCCAGUUCCGAGGCCUCAGAGAACGAGGAGGAAGAGGACCUGCUGCAAGCCGUAAAAGACCCCGGUGAAGACUCCACAGACGAUGAGGGCAUAGACCAGGAAUACCACACCGACUCCAGCGAUGAAUUGGAAUUUGAGAGCGAUGAGGAGGGCAACUACUUGGGCAGAAAGCAAUCCUCAUCAGCUGAAGAUGAAGAAGAGAGCAGUGAAGAAGAGGAAGAUGAAGAUGAGGAAGAGGACGACUCCGAAGACGAGGACCAGGAGAAGGAAGAAUCCUGGCACAUCUAAGCAAAAAAAGGCGAUGAGAAACCCGGCAGCAGCAGUGCCGCCACCAGGAAUGUCCCCACAAAGGAGCUGACCAAAAGAGAUCCCUCCAAGACAGAAUACGCGGAAUCAGACACCUCAGACGAGGAGGACAUACGCAACACAGUGGGCAACAUACCUAUGCACUGGUACGACGAGUACAAGCACAUCGGCUACGACUGGGAUGCCAAGAAGAUUGUGAAGCCACCACAAGGGGAUCAGAUCGACGAGUUCCUGCGCAAAAUCGAGGACCCCGAUUUCUGGCGGACGGUCAAGGAUCCGCUGACAGGCCAGGAAGUACGCCUAACGGACGAGGACAUUGCAUUGAUCAAACGCAUCGUUUCGGGUCGCAUUCCUAACAAGGAUCACGAGGAGUACGAGCCCUGGAUCGAAUGGUUCACCUCGGAGGUGGAGAAAAUGCCCAUCAAGAAUGUGCCCGACCACAAGCGAUCUUUCCUACCCUCCGUUUCCGAAAAGAAGCGGGUCUCUCGCAUGGUUCACGCCCUCAAGAUGGGUUGGAUGAAGACAACCGAGGAGGUGGAACGCGAGAAGCAGGCCAAGCGCGGUCCCAAGUUCUACAUGCUGUGGGAGACGGACACCAGCAGAGAGCAGAUGCGUCGUAUCCACGACCCUGUCUCGGCGCCCAAACGUGAUCUACCUGGUCACGCAGAGUCCUACAAUCCACCGCCAGAGUACCUCUUCGAUGCAAAGGAAACCAAGGAGUGGCUUAAGCUCAAAGAUGAGCCACACAAGCGCAAGCUGCAUUUUAUGCCCCAGAAGUUCAAGUCGCUGCGUGAGGUUCCCGCCUACUCGAGAUACCUUCGCGAGCGUUUCCUGCGGUGCCUGGACCUUUAUUUGUGUCCGCGUGCCAAGCGCGUUAAGCUAAACAUCGACGCCGAGUACCUGAUCCCCAAGUUGCCUUCGCCGCGUGAUUUGCAGCCCUUCCCCACGGUGGAGAGCAUGGUUUACCGCGGCCACACCGAUCUGGUGCGAUCCGUUAGCGUGGAGCCCAAAGGAGAAUACCUUGUCUCCGGUUCUGAUGACAAAACAGUCAAGAUUUGGGAGAUUGCCACUGGCCGUUGCAUCCGUACAAUUGAAACCGACGAAGUGGUGCGCUGCGUGGCUUGGUGUCCUAAUCCCAAGCUCUCCAUCAUUGCGGUGGCCACUGGCAAUAGACUGCUGCUCGUCAACCCUAAGGUGGGCGACAAGGUGCUGGUGAAGAAGACCGACGAUCUGCUCGCCGAGGCGCCCAGUCAGGAUGUUCAGGAAAGUGAGCGCAUCAAGACGGCGGUGCAGUGGUCCAACGCAGAGGCUGACGAGCAAGAGAAGGGCGUCCGGGUAGUGAUCACUCACUUCAAACCCAUUCGCCAGGUGACUUGGCACGGACGUGGUGAUUACCUCGCCACUGUGAUGCCCGAGGGUGCCAAUCGAUCGGCUUUGAUCCACCAGUUGUCCAAGCGGCGCUCACAGAUUCCAUUCUCCAAGAGCAAGGGUCUCAUUCAGUUCGUACUUUUCCAUCCUGUAAAGCCGUGCUUCUUUGUGGCGACGCAGCACAAUAUUCGCAUCUAUGAUUUGGUCAAACAGGAACUGGUCAAGAAGCUGCUGACGAACUCCAAGUGGAUUUCGGGCAUGUCUAUCCACCCCAAGGGAGACAAUCUCCUGGUUUCCACCUACGACAAGAAGAUGCUCUGGUUUGAUUUGGAUCUGUCGACUAAGCCUUACCAAACCAUGAGACUCCAUCGCAAUGCUGUCCGCAGUGUGGCCUUCCAUCUCCGCUAUCCGCUCUUUGCUUCAGGCAGCGAUGACCAAGCUGUGAUCGUCUCCCACGGCAUGGUCUACAAUGACCUGCUGCAAAAUCCUUUGAUUGUUCCCCUCAAAAAGCUGCAGACCCACGAGAAACGAGAUGAGUUUGGCGUGCUGGAUGUCAACUGGCAUCCUGUGCAGCCUUGGGUCUUCUCCACUGGCGCUGACUGUACGAUUCGACUAUACACGUAAACUGUGUAUGAAAGUUGCGUUCGUUCCAUACAGUUUUGUGAAAUUUCUAUAGUGAAUAAAUACAUUUAAUAAUUUUUAAUUAAAAA